GUCUUGAAUGAUCGUUCAGAUAUAAAUACGCCAACUAUGUUACUUACGAAAUAUAUAUUUAAGAUACUCAGACUGUGGAACCAUGGUAGCAGAUUCAGGGAAUUGACGAUAACAAAAUUAUGGGUCACAAGGAACAUGAAGAUCAGUCGGUGUUGUAACGAGCUAAGCGUCAGGACUCAGAGUUACUAUAGUCGUUUGCGAAAUCGAUGACUGCUGAUAUACACGCUGUUUCUUCGCUAGAGGUUGCUGUCAAAAGAUUGGAGAAUAGUGGCUUUUAUUGGGGAGCCAUAAGUGGAAUCAAAGCGAAAGCUGUUCUUCGAGAUCAGGCGAUUGGGACGUUUCUUGUUCGCGACAGUUCUGACUCGCGGCAUUUAUUUACUAUAAGUUUAGUCACUGCGGUUGGGAUUACAAAUGUCAGAAUCGUAUUUUCAGAAGGUCUAUUUUCUCUGGACAAAAAGGACACAUCGAAGACAAAUACAAACACGAAAUUCCAUCAUAGUGGUCCUCCAAAGUUUGACUGCGCCGUAAAGAUGGUUCUUUAUUAUAUGAUAGUGACAAGAAAGAUUUUACAAGCGAGAGGAAGAAGCUCGUUAGAUGAACUCGAAACGACAGCAACUGCCAAGUUUUUUCUGUGGCGUCCGCUGUAUAAGGAAGUUGCCAGUCUCCAACAUUUAUGUCGUAGAGCGCUUAACAACCAACUUUUGGCUGGUGGAUCCAACGAAGACGCAAAGAGGAUUCCACACACUGUGAAAUUUUACUUGUCGAAGUAUCCUUACCCAGUCUAAUAGGUAUAUGGAACGAAGUAUUUUGAUUGAGUUAUGUAAUAUUUUCUGAAUUUUCGCUUCCUUAUUUUGGCGUUGAAGCGAUCGAGUUUGCCUGACUAUUAACGGCUGCGCUCUUGGAGUGAAAAUAUCUUCCUUCUCUCAGUAUAUAAACAUUAUCACAUCACAGAAUUAAAAUGUAUAGGUAUCUAAAACGUGCAUUUAUGGUCAAUUGCACAGGACUCGAUAAGUUAUCGAAGAUUUACGAAUUCGUGGAAGUGUGGCCAUCACACUGGUCGCUUUCCAAACUGUAAAUUUAAAUCUAUAAAAAGCUCCCAUCAAUCCAAUAUCAUCGUUCUUUUGAGAGUGAAUUGAAAAGAUGUAUAUAUAAUUUGUGUUGGAUAAAGUCCAUAAAUACAAUGUGAAUUAUUCUUUAAGGAGGAACAAGCGACACCGGAGACACUUUUUUCUUAUAGUAAUUUAACUUCCCGUCUUUCUCGAAACGGUUACUUUCGCUUUUACUUCCUCGGAAUAAAAUUGAAUAUUGUU